GAUACCGUCCGGAUCGGUCGCCAUCAUAGCCAAGCUUUGUUGGUCGGAUUCUAGUUAAAAAGUGGUGGUUUAGUGAUUAUUUUUGACUUUGGGUGAUAGUGAAAAAAGAGCUUGGAUAUCUGGAAAUACAGACGGGGAUUUUGCCGUUAACCGACUAAGAAAACGUAACAUCCCAUCUAGCGCCGAUUGCCGAAUAUGGACAGCAAGGAAUUCCGCCGACGCGGCACGGAAAUGGUCGACUACAUCUGCAAUUAUCUGGAAACGCUGGAACAGCGACGCGUGACGCCCAGCGUGGAGCCGGGAUAUCUGCGCCAUUUGCUGCCGGAUGAAGCGCCCGAGAAUCCGGAACCGUGGGAAAACAUUAUGAUGGACGUCGAGAGCAAAAUUAUGCCGGGAGUGACGCACUGGCAGCACCCGCGGUUCCACGCAUACUUUCCGUCGGGAAACUCCUUUCCCUCGAUACUGGGCGACAUGCUGAGCGAUGGCAUCGGAUGUAUCGGAUUCUCGUGGGCAGCCAGCCCCGCCUGUACCGAGCUGGAAACAAUCGUACUGGAUUGGUUGGGCAAAGCCAUAGGUCUGCCAGAUGAGUUCCUCGCCCUGAAGCCGGGUAGCAAGGGUGGCGGUGUCAUUCAGACGUCCGCAUCGGAAUGCGUACUGGUGACACUGUUGGCUGCCCGGGCACAGGCCAUCAAGUAUCUUAAACACCAGCAUCCGUUCGUCGAGGAAGGCCACCUGCUGUCAAAACUGAUGGCUUACUGCUCGAAGGAGGCGCACAGUUGCGUCGAAAAGGCGGCCAUGAUCUGCUUCGUCAAGUUGCGGAUCCUGGAACCGGACGAGAAAUGUUCGCUUCGGGCGGAUACGCUGAUUAAGGCAAUGGAAGAAGACGAACAGCAAGGAUUGAUUCCGUUUUUCGUAUCCACAACACUGGGAACCACCGGAUCCUGUGCAUUUGAUAACAUCGCCGAGAUUGGUGAAGCUCUUCAACGUUUUCCCAACGUUUGGAUGCAUGUCGAUGCUGCCUAUGCCGGGAAUGCAUUCAUCUGUCCGGAGCUCAAGUAUCUUCUGAAAGGAAUCGAAUAUGCCGACUCGUUUAAUACCAAUCCGAACAAGUGGCUAUUGACAAACUUUGAUUGUUCCACGUUAUGGGUUCGCGAUAAAAUUAGACUCACGUCCGCCCUGGUGGUUGAUCCGUUAUACUUGAAGCACGGAUACUCCGACUCGGCCAUCGAUUAUCGCCAUUGGGGAGUACCGUUGAGUCGACGGUUCCGUUCGCUGAAGCUCUGGUUCGUACUGCGUAGCUACGGAUUAGUCGGCCUGCAAAGUUACAUCCGGCAUCACAUCGAUUUGGCUAAACGAUUCGAGAAGCUGGUGCUGAAGGAUAAUCGCUUCGAAGUCUGCAACGAUGUCAAACUGGGACUGGUUUGUUUCAGGCUGAAGGGUACUGAUCGACCUAAUGAAAAAUUGCUCAGCUGUAUUAAUGCUUCCGGCAAGAUCCAUAUGGUGCCGGCCUCGGUGAACGAACGAUACGUUAUACGGUUCUGUGCCGUGGCUCAAAAUGCAACCGUUGAAGAUAUUGAUUACGCCUGGGAUGUAAUUACGGAUUUCGCUGCGGAGAUUCUGGAAAAAGAACAAGCGGAUGAGGUUACUGAGAUUGUGGAUCGGCGCAAGACUCAUACAUUGGCCCAAAAGAGAUCAUUCUUCGUGCGUAUGGUUAGCGAUCCGAAGAUUUACAAUCCAGCCAUAAAUAAAGCGCAAACGCCCCGAAUGUCAAAUGAAUUGACAUCACCUUCAGCUGACGGUACGGUGGUUACCGUCAAUUCACCCAAAACACCUGGAUCGGCUUCCUGGAUUAGCUGGCCAUUGGCAUUCUUGUUUGCGAAUUCGGAGGAUGGUCCAAAGAAUGAUAUGCCAUUGCGAUUCCGCCACUUGGAUACGAUGGUUAGGUUGACUGCUUCUCGUAGAAACUCGGCAACCGGUGGAGGUUCCUCUCCCUCACCGGAAGGAGAAAACGGUAUCGUACUGACAAAGUCUCCCAAAAGAUCUCCGAUUAUGGUACGACGGCGCGGUACAUCGCCAAGCCCAGCUACGACCGGUAACGGAGCAUCAAAGUGAAGAAAUCAUAAUCUCGGUUGAAGCUCAAAAUAUUUUCACCGUGUAUCAACAAACGAACCCGUUUCCAGAAGCAGCUAACUGUUCAUUCUCAAUCAAAGUGAAAUCUCUAAUUAAAACUAUAGCAUGAAAUCGAUCUAAAUUUAGCACAUGCUCAGAAGUAUAUUACAAUAUUUAUUCCAGACUCUCUCUCACAUUUAGAUUCCUUGCAAAUCUUACACAAAAGUAAGCAAAUAAACAAAUUCCAUACAGUUGAAGCAUAGAAUCAGAGAAAAUCAACAAGGGAAAUGGGCUCUUGCAGUACAC